CGCAAAAGCAACAAUCACGCGACGUCAGGACCUGAAGCUAUCACAGCACAAAUGCCUGCCGAGGAAUCCAAGCCGGUCGACCCGGUGGUCAACGAGGUCGACGCCAAGAUCAAGGGCAAGCAAGCCGCGGCCGAAUCCGACGCCGAGGAGGAAGAUGACGAGCCCACAGCCGGUGACGCCUCUGCGGCUCCGGCAAAGAAGAAGAAGAAGUCCAAGCGGAAGAAGGCCAAGGAAGUGCUGACGGGCAAGUCGGGCGAUGCCGAGUCGGAGCUGAAAAAGGCCAUUGGCGGGCUCACGCCGCAGCAGCUCCAGGAGCUCAUGGCGCUCAACCCAGCUCUGGCGGGCGAGCUGUCGCAGGCGUCGGGCAGCGCAAACCCUUCGCCGGACAAGAUCGCCGAGAUGCUCAAGACGAUGAACCUGCAGGACAUCAUGACGGGGCUGGCGGCGGCCGGUAAAAACGUCAAGGACAUGGCCUCGUACAAGUUCUGGCAGACGCAGCCGGUGCCCAAGUUUGGCGAGGACGACAAGACGGUCGAGGAGGGGCCCCUGAAGAUCCAGACGGUCGACGAAAUCUCCAAGGAUCCGGCGCCGCUGGUCGCUGGGUUCGAGUGGGUAGAGAUGGACCUGACCAACGACGACGAGAUCAAGGAGAUUUACGAGCUGCUCAACGGACACUACGUUGAGGACGACGAGGCCAUGUUCCGAUUCAACUACGGACCUGGAAUCCUGAAAUGGGCCAUGAUGCCUCCCGGCUGGGCCAAGCACUACCACGUCGGCGUCCGCGCCACCCAGUCCCGCAAGCUCGUCGCCUUCAUCUCCGCCAUCCCCGUGCGCGUGCGAGUCCGUAACAAGGUCAUCACCUGCUCCGAAGUCAACUUCCUCUGCGUCCACAAGAAGCUCCGCGGCAAGCGCCUGGCCCCCGUCCUCAUCAAGGAAAUCACCCGCAUCAGCAACCUGCACGAGAUCUGGCAGGGCCUGUACACGGCCGGCAUCGUCCUCCCCAGGCCCGUCAGCACGUGCCGCUACUACCACCGCUCGCUCAACUGGCAGAAGCUGUACGAGUGCAACUUUGUCCACCUGCCCCAUGGAAGCAAGCCUCAGUACCAGAUCCGCAAGUAUGCCGUCCCGGAUCAUACAUCUACCAAGGGCCUGCGUGAGAUGAAGCCCGCCGAUAUCGAGGCCGUUGUUAAGCUGAUGGAUCGGUACAUGAGCCGAUUCGACAUUGCCCCUGAGAUGUCUACGGAGGAAGCAACCCAUUGGUUCUGCCCAACCGUUGAGCCCGGACAGGACCAGUACAUUUGGUCCUAUGUCGUCGAGGACAAUGAGAAAAACAUCACCGACUUCUUCUCCUUCUACUGCAUCGAGUCAUCCGCCAUCAACAACCCCAAACACGACGUCAUCCGCGUCGCCUACCUCUUCUACUACGCCACCGACACGGCCCUCAAGGAGCCCUUCGACAAGGCCGCCCUCAAAUCCCGCCUCAACGACCUCAUCCACGACGCUCUCAUCCUCGCCAAGCAGGCCCGCUUCGACGUCUUCAACGCCCUGUCCCUCAUGGACAACGGCCUCUUCCUCGAGCAGCAGAAGUUUGGCGCCGGCGACGGCCAGCUGCACUACUACCUCUUCAAUUACAGGGCCAACCCCAUAGCCGGAGGCGUCGACAAGAAGAACCAGCUGGACGAGAAUACCCUUAGCGGCGUCGGACUGGUCUUGCCGUAGAAGGAGCGUGUUUUUCUUUUGUAUAUGGGAAGAAGCAGGUUUUCUCUCUCUUUUAUAUUGUCCGCUGAAGAUAGCAUCGGUGUAAGAAGAAAGAUGAAAAGAUAGAUAGGUACUCAGUGGCUAGCUGUUGAUGCGUAUAUAACCCAAAUAACGUUUCAAGUUAAAUUCACAGCAAGCUCGCGCGCUCAUAUAAUUCUCCUGACCCCUUUAUACGACGUUCAUAUUUAUCAGAGUUUCCCCCAAGACGCAAAUCUCUCCUCCAACAGAGCAUUGAACCAAUCCGCUCUAUCCAUACUUGGUGCAUGGCCCAUCCCUUCAAUAAUCAACCCCAUGCCAGGUUCGACAUGCUUGAUCAACUUCUCUCCAUUCGGCACCGUAAUCAUAUUAUCUGCCGUUCCAUGCAUGAUCAGGAUACGUUCCCUCCCCACGCGAUCCGCCAUCGUACGCAGCUGCUGUGGCGAUUUAAAAUGUCCCGCCGCCGCUAUCAGCUGGCACAGGAAGCCCUGCUUCGUGAACCACGAUGCGUGACGCUUCUUGAAGAGCUCCUGCGCCUGAAACCGCUGGAAGUUGUUGUCAAAGGUGCGAUACUCUCCAUCAGGCGUGCCGGGCGCUGGACCGCACCGAGGCGUCGUCUUGGGCGAGGGCAGCGCCGCAGCGUCGUCCGAAGCGGCGAGCCACUCCUCGGGGAAGAGCUGCCGGCCAGUGUCGAAGAUGCUCUGGUCCUCUGACUUGGGGAUGACGAAGCCCAGGCGCUGCCGGAUGGCAUCGGACCAGGACUUUGCGGGCCCGCUCUCAAACUGCGCCGUGGUCCCGAUCAAGGUCAAGGAGCGCAGGCGGGUGGGAAUCGCAUAGGCGACCUCCUGGGCGAUCAUGCCGCCGAGGGAAAUGCCGACGACAUGGACCUCGCGCUCGGCGGUCCAGCCAACGUGGUCGAGCAGCUCGACAAUGUCGGCAGCCAUGGCACUGGUGGUGUAGCGCGCAAGAGGCUUGUCGCUGUCGCCCAUCCCUCGGUUGUCCAGGAUGAGGACGGAGUAGUCCUUUGAGCGGUCAUGGCCAAAAUAUUUCGUCUGGCGCUGCCACGACGUCUUUACACCGGCCAAGCCCAUGAUAAGCGCAACUUUCGUUGGUCCAUCUCCAUGAAUCUCCCAAGCAAUCUUCACAGGGCCGCCUCGCCCUUUUGCAACCUCAACGGUGCCUUGCUGAUGAGGCUCCAAAGCCCAGAUCACCGAGGAGUAGGCUGGAUGAUUAACUGUCUCUUCCGCAGAUGGCACUUUGAACGCCAUGGUAUGCCGAAUUGCUUGAGAAAUCCUGUCUUAGAAGCAAAUUGACUCAGAGAUCGGACGUUGGAGCGAGAGCGACUUGGCGUCUAGUCCAGGCACGGUCUGACAGCUCCCAACAACUAGUGCAGCAAAUAUGGCGCUCUAUAUGCGUCUACGAGAUGAAACGCCAGGAUAUCAUGCAAACUGAAACAUGCAAUCCAAGUCUUUCAAAGCACAGCGCUUUUUACCCCGGGAUAAGUAGAGUUGGCAUUGACGCGGAGGUUCGGG